AUGUACGAUAAGAAGAACCCUAAAGAUACUGACGUAAAUGCUGAUACGUAUAAUCUCAAAUUUAGUGAGCAUGACGAAGAAGUUGAAGAAGAAUUCCCUUCUGAAGAAGAGGAUAUGAGUUCUGGCUAUUCGUUGCAGCUCAUUCACCAUCUUAUUACCGAGACACCACCAGAAGACCGGCGCCGUCGAUGGCUUCUGGAACUGCGUCGUUCUAUUCUCAGUGACGAAGGUGAGUUUAGCGAGAGAAUUCAAGCGAUUCAGCAGGAAGCACUUCGCAUCCAUGCCGAAAUGGAGGCGCAGAUCGAAAAACUCACUUCACCGGCUAAUCGUAUCGGGACAUUGCUCGGAUUGCCGAAAGAAGACAUCGCGCGCGUCAUCGUCGGCGGCUCCGAAUACUACGCGAACCUUGAUACCCAAAUCAACCCUAAAACUUUGAAAAAGGGGUUCAGCAUACUGCUUAACGACGCGUUUGUCGUCGUUGGUGAACUCGGAUACAACGAUGCCGGGCCCAUCGCAAAAAUAGCCGAUGUUAUGCCAGAUGGCAGGAUCCGUAUUGGGCAAGAACCGAAUGCACAAACUGUUAUCCUUGAACGCUCUGCAGACCUCACGGAUGUCAAACUGAAACCUGGCGAUGAGGUCCGGGUUGACUCCAACUAUCGAGUCGCACUUGAACAUAUUGCUACCAAAGAGACGGAUGCUUACGCGCUUGAGGCAGUCCCAAACAUUCCAUGGUCUAAAAUAGGCGGGCUUGACGAAACGAUCCAACGUAUUAAAGAUACGAUUGAACUCCCUAUCUUGCAUCCUAAACUCUUUUCGCGUUUCCAAUACAGUGCACCGAAAGGAUUUCUUCUCCACGGACCGCCAGGAUGUGGAAAGACACUCAUCGGUAAGGCGACUGCCUAUAACUUGACUCAGCAGCUCCGAAGGGAGAGCGGAGAAGAUGUUGAAGAAAUGGAUGGUAUUGAGUCUCUACAAGAUGUCGUUAUUAUUCUCGCGACAAACCGACCAGAUCUGAUAGAUCCUGCCGUUCUGCGACCGGGACGCAUUGAUAGGAAAAUUAAAGUGACCCGUCCAGACGCAGAUGCUGCAAAGGAUAUCUUCCGUAUUUACUUCACCCCCGAGCUGCCUAUUGCAGCAGAGUUAACCAUUGAUCCAGAAGCCGAGACAGGAGACGAAACGCCACCCGAAGUUAUCCCGCCUGAGAAGGCCGUUGAAGACCUGAUCGCACAGGUAGUUGAUGAAAUGUUUCGUGAGGACGAGGACAACAGAUUCCUUGAAGUCUCUCUUAGGAGUGGCAGACGCGAUGUCCUCUAUCGUGGACAUCUGUGUAGCGGGGCUAUUAUUGAGUCAAUUGUACAGCGCGCUAAGGAAUCCGCACUCAAACGCGCAAUCCAAAACCCUGACAAAGAGAGUGGAAUCUCGCGUGCAGAUCUGUUAGACGCACUCGCCGCUGAAUACCAUGAGAGUGAAAUCUUCCCGCCAACCGAGGCGACCGAAGACUGGCUCAAACUUCUCGAUUACGAUCCAGCGAAUGUCGUCAAAAUUACACCUAUCAAAACUGAAAAGCGGGAACGGCGUAAAGCGUCUGGCUCGCGUGUCAUUUAG